AUCAACGGUGUCGACGUGACUCGAUCUACUUUGAAAGAAGUUGUCGACUUGUUGGCCAGCACUGUGGACAAUUCUGUUUGCCUCACAGUGAUGCGACCGGUCGCGGAGUCCGGACCCGGGCGUCGGAAUCAGGAUCCGAGUCGAACUCGAUCUCCACCGGAAGCAUCCUCUUCACAGAGUAGUGUGUAUUACAGCCUGCAGACCGCGGUCAGUGCUCCCUCUCGCGGACAAAGUGGUGAUCCGAAACAGCAACAGCAAUCACAACCACCACCACAACAACAGCAGCAGCAGCAACAACAACAACCAAUUUACGCGUUCGUUCGACCCACCGACACAUCACAACCGGCCUCCGCCAGAAGCUCUGAUCGGACCACAUGUUCGUCUAUUCCAGAUGAAGGUUUGUGGAGUCAAUCAACCGGACCCAGUAGUAACGAGGUCUCCGCCCGUAAUUCGCUGGUAUCGCGACCGCGUCACUUAGACACACAAGUCACACUGGUCCCCGCUUUGCGUUCUUCGAUGGAUCAGAAAAUGCUCAGCCCAGACGGGGCACCAAAUCGAGUACGAUUUCGUGGUCUUCCACGAUCUCGCACCACCACGGGAAUCGCUGCGACCAAUAACAAUCAAGCAAUCCCACAAUCUAUUUCUCAAUCUUUGUAUUUUGCCCGCAAUCCUCGUUUUCGUCGAGUUGGAUCGCAAGAUUCACAAUCCUCUCUGUCUUCUGGAGGAGGAGGUGGUGGUGGCGGUGGCGGUGGCGGUGGCGGUGGCGGCGGCGGCGUCCGCGCAAAUCCACCCGUUGGCCAAACAACCGAUCGGAAACCGCUAACACGUUCAACCUCGGGCGUCACAAACAGCACACGUUCACCGAGACAGCCGAAUCAAAAUCAUACGACCGGGAACAGCAAAUAUUCCGUCCCAGUCACUGCUUCACAAAUCCGAGCCGGUCGGGAUCAGCUGCGUCCCAUGCAACGCAUAUCUGCCGGGGACCAGCAACACUUUCAACCCAUAAGCGCCGCACAUUAUCGACAACGAAGUGUACAGCCCCCCAUGUAUCGAAAUGACAUGUCAUUUGGUGGUUGCAUACCAUCACUGUAUCAGCGGAACACAGUUUGUCCACGAGCGGACACACCGAGUUCCACGGUGGAUUCGCUAACGGACUCGGAGAUUGUUUUACCACCACCAGUUCAGUUUCGCAGUUAG